GCCUGUGCUUCCAACACCUCUCCAACACCUCUCCAGAUCCCCCUCAAGGCCCAUCAUGACUCGCUAUUUCUGCUGCGGAAACUACUUCCCAGGCUACCCUUGCUUUGGAACCAACUUCCACGGGACCUUCAGAGCCACGCCCCUCAACUGCGUCGUGCCUCUGGGUACCCCCAUCAACCACUGCUACAGCUCCCGCAACCACUGCUUUGGAGGAGGCAACUACCAGAACCUGGGCUGUUGCUAUGGUAGCAGCUAUUACAGGCCUUGGGGCUCUGGCUCUGGUUUCGGCUACAGCACCUACUGAUGGACCAGUGGCUCUGGCGACUACAGGAUUCCCCCUCGGUUCUCUGCAAAGAACAAGCUGAAGAGCAAUGACGGUCUUCCUGCCUCCAGAUGCUCUGGAGAGAUGCUGACUUCUUACUGCUGUCCUGCUCUUCUAGGAAUCUUCACAAGUCACCCUGAACUCAAAUUUCAAACUGGUACUCAUCUACAGCCUGGGGAAGCAAGACAUACCUGAAAUUUGGCAGUUAAGCCAGUAGUUUGCCUCCCAGAGUUGCUCUGCUCAUAUAUUAGUAAUUUGGACAUCAACUUUAAUGUAUUUGAAAUUGGGUGUGGGUAGGAAGGAAUUUUACUGUUAGUCUCCUAAUAAAUCUACUUCAUUCAGCACACA